CCAGCCCGGCCGCCAUCUUCCCCGCUCGGCUCAGGGACCCGCGCCACUCGCCGAGCGCCCGCCCCGCCGCAGACCCCGGCCCGCGCCGCCGCCGCCCCCGACAUGUCGGCCCCCGCCGCCGCGCCUCCCGCCGCCGGAGGAGAAGGGGGUGGCCCCCCCCCACCGCCCCCCAACCUCACCAGCAACCGGAGGCUGCAGCAGACCCAGGCCCAGGUGGACGAGGUGGUUGACAUCAUGCGGGUGAACGUGGACAAGGUGCUGGAGCGGGACCAGAAGCUGUCGGAGCUGGACGACCGGGCCGACGCCCUGCAGGCCGGCGCCUCCCAGUUCGAGACCAGCGCCGCCAAGCUCAAGCGCAAGUACUGGUGGAAGAACCUCAAGAUGAUGAUUAUCCUGGGGGUGAUAUGCGCCAUCAUCCUGAUCAUUAUCAUUGUUUACUUCAGCACUUAAUGGACCCUCGGAAGCCAAAGCCCCCCCUCCCUCCCCCCAAAGGAGCUGCGGCCGGGAGAGGCGCGAGGGGCUGCGACCCCCCCCCCCACAUGAUGUCAGCCAUAUCUUCCAGCCUCCCCCCCCUUCUCCCCCGGGCCCCCCCGUGGCAUGUGUGUGUGUGUUGCGGUGCGUGUGGCCGUCCUGUAUAUAGGCUAACUUAUUUAUACAUAUUCUAUAUUUUGUCUGUUUGUAGAUUUAUUACUAGAUUUACAGCUGUCAUGGACCCCACCCCCAAUACCUGCUCCCCACCAGUGUUCUCAGUGUCUACUGAUUUAAUUGAAAUAUUUUAAGGACCAAUCCCCCCACCCCCCCCCCAAAAAAAAGUAAAAUAGGGGGAACCCAGAAGCCUGAGAAACUCAAGCGCUCCCCCCCCCCCCCGCCCUUUCAGAGUGAUGCCGAUGCGAGAGCCGGGUCCCCCGGCUUGGCUGUGUCUCGGCCCCUGUAUAAAUAGCUGCCCCACUCCAGAGAUGGCCGCAUCUCAGCGCUCCGGGGAGGGGUCCCUGUAUAAACAGCUGCCCCAUCCCAGAGCUGGCUGCAUCUCAGUGCCGGGCGAGGGGUCCCGGGAUAACCAGCCGCCCCGCCCCAGAGCUGGCCGCAUCUCAGCGCCCGGGUGAGGGGUCCCUGUAUAACCGUCACCCUGCCCCAGAGCUGGCCGCAUCUCAGUGCCAGAUGAGGGGUCCCUGUAUAACCGUCACCCUGCCCCAGAGCUGGCCGCAUCUCAGUGCCGGAUGAGGGGUCCCUGUAUAACCGUCACCCUGCCCCAGAGCUGGCCGCAUCUCAGCGCCCGGGUGAGGGGUCCCUGUAUAACCAUCACCCUGCCCCAGAGCUGGCCGCAUCUCAGUGCCCGGGUGAGGGGUCCCUGUAUAACCAUCACCCUACCCCAGAGCUGGCCGCAUCUCCGUGCCAGAUGAGGGGUCCCUGGAUAACCAGCCGCCCCGCCCCAGAGAUGGCUGCAUCUCACACCAUGCAAAGGGGGGGUGUCAUAAGUGUCUUUACCUUCCUCUUCUCCCCCCCACAUCCCGAUCCACCCCCUUCCCUGACCCUGUGAGGUUUUGUAACAUUCCUGGGUCUGUACUGUGCAGUCUGGCUUUGGGGGGGGCUGGGGGUUGCUCUUCCUACCCCACACCUCAUGUGUGGGAGGGGGCAGUGUUGUCACACCCCCAGCUCCAAGCCCUUUAAGAGUCUUAGGGUGGGGGUUGCAUGGGGAAAGGGGGGGAGCCCCUAAAUCCACCCCUUCCCCAUGGCCCAGCGGUUCCAGCUUCUCUCCUCUGGGGGUGGAGAGUGGGGGCAGGCUGGCUCCCCAUUAACUGUCUGUCUGACCCCAGAGAGCCCCCCCCACCCAGCAGCAGGGCCCAGGCCUGGCUGGGGCAGGGGGGCUCGGUGAUCCCGUAGCGGGGGGGGCUGGAUAAAUCUGGUCUUGGGGAGGGGGAAAAGCAGUCACAGCCCAGAGCCAGCGACUCCUUCCCCCCACCCCACCUCCCCCAGAGUGUGGGCACAGAUGGGGCAUUCCCCUCCCCCACCCGCUAAUGGGGGGGGGUUCCCUGGUGGCCAGCAGGGGGCGAUCCCUGAGCAGCUCUGCAACGUAUCCCUGUGUCCUGUGAUGAGUGACCCCCACCUUGCCCUGUCCCUCUCCCCCAGCCCUUUGAGGCAGUCAUCUGUAGCAUUAAACCUUCCCUGCUAGCCCCAUAGCGCUAAACCUCUCCCAGCUCCGAGACAGCCCCAUAGCACGACCCCUCCCCCCGCCAGCCCCUACAGAACGAUCCCCCCCCACACACACCCACUGAGGAGAUAUGACGUGUGACUGUGUCCCUCUGCACUCUCCGUGCCGAGUGCUCGCUGGGGGGGAGGCGGAUUGCCCCCCCCCCCCCCGCCAGCUUGGAGGGACAUUGGCGCGGGGUCCCCUACGAGGCCCGCUUUGGAGGGUGCAGCCUGGCGGUCCUCUGCUCCCCAUCUGGAGGGAACGCGGGCGCUAAGGACCUGGCUGGCUCUGCCCCCUGUGAGGCUGGCUUGGCAGCGGGGUGCCCUGGGGGUCCCUUCAACCAGGCUGCGUGGAUUGUGAACUGCUGGGGAACAGAGAGUGGGGGGGGCAAAUCCCAGGCUGUGUUUUCCCUGGGCCGGGGGGCAGGUGUCACUGCUGCCCCUCGGCUUUGGGGGCACAGGGUCCACCGUGCCCCAUGGUGGGACCAGUGCCCCCUAAUUCUAAAGACACCUGGGAUGAGGGUGGAGGGGGGGCAGAGCUGGCUGGAUUCCCCUAGACCUAGCUGGAGGGAGGGGGGGGUCGGCCUUGCCCCCCACGCACUCCCCAGCAGCAGGCGGGGGGCAAGGCACCCCCUGGAGGGAACGGGGAGUGACUUUAUGCUGUGAAAAUGUACAAUAAAUGUCCUGUGGAGAAAGCCCAA